AGUGACUGCGCAUGCACAGAUUGCUGUGAGCGCUUUUUUUGCUUAGCGCUUUAGCUGACGGACGUCAAGUUCGAACUGUUUUAGCUGUGUUUUAACGGCGUGUCGUAGAAAACCUUACGUUUACCAGUGGUAUUUAGUUACAUUGUUGUUGGUGACGUUAUAUUCCAUCAUGCCCAGAGGCGGAAAAAAGGGCCAUAAGGGCAGAGGGAAGCAAUUCAGCAAUCCAGAGGAGAUUGACCGACAAAUGAAAGCCCAGAGAGAGCUGGAAGCAAAUGAUGGUGUCGCGAAAGAGAGCGGUUCAGAAUCCGAGGAGAGUAGCAGCGAGGAAGAGUCUGAGCAUAAGAAGAGGAGUGGCGUGGAGGGACUUAUAGAAAUUGAGAAUCCCAACCGCAUUUCUCAGAAAAGCAAGAAAGUGACCGAAGUAGAUGUCGAGGCUCCUCGAGAGCUGUCUCGCAGAGAGAGGGAGGAGAUCGAGAAGCAGAAGUCGAAGGAACGAUACAUGAAGCUUCAUCUUGAGGGGAAGACUGACCAGGCAAAAGCUGACCUGGCCAGACUUGCGAUUAUUAAGAAACAGAGAGAGGAAGCUGCUAGGAAGAGAGAUGAACUCAGGAAAGAUGCAGAGGACACCAAAGCAAAGCGUUAGGCACCUCCUCAACAACUUCAACAUGCACAUCGGUCUCAGAGGGACAGACAGAGGCAAGGGAACACAUUUGAGUAACGUCAGAACAUGAUAUGGCUGCCCCCGAGCUCCACCCAAGUUCUUGGCGUAACAACAGCAAAGAGGCCGACGUGCUCCACAGAGCCCAAAAAAAACCCCGAGGUGAAAACAUCAAGGGAUGAAGACAA